AUGCUCGAGGAAUCGCGCUUGGUGGACGAGCUCACGGCUUCUGUAAUCUCCGAUCAGACCUAUUAUCUGCUUCUGAUUCCGAGUCUCAUUCCGGUUUUUAUCGUUUUUCACUUCUUCAUCUGGCUGGGUGAGAUUUCGAGACGAAUUUUCAAUUUUUAGGAAAAAGAACAUUUAAUUUUUCAGGAAACGAAUUUUUUGUGAACAACUGAUUCAAAAUGGCGAACGUGGAUGCAAUUCCCGGCUACCUAACGGCGACGUUUCCGACGUUGCCCGGUGAGAUCCACGACUACGUCUCACAGGUGCUCAAGGAGAAUUCCGAGGAGAUCACGUCGCUCGACGAGGUGAUGGACGCCGUCGGCGAACAUCUUCAGGCUUCUGUCGAGAAGGCGUUCGACGUCUCGAACGUCUGCCUACAACUUCUGAAGUUGCUGCACGGCGACAAUCUUCCAAAGGCCGGAAAGCAGCAGCAGGAGGCGACGACGAAGCGGCUCGAACAGACCGUCGACAUGGCCGCCGAGAAUCAGAACUUUGAGGCGUUGCAGAGCAUUUGGAAGGUGCAGACGAGGGACACGCCGACUAUUGUGGAUAAGAAGAAGCUGGCAAAGGCGGAGGAUCGGGCGGCGGCGAAAGCAGAGGCCCGAGCCACUGAUGCUCCUGCUGCUGAGCGGAAAAAGAAGAAGGAGGGACCGUCGGCCACAGCUUCCCAGGCACCGAUCCGUGAUACCGGAGCCAGGGGGGCCAACUCGAAGGAUAUUAAGUUGGAGAGUGUGGACAUUUCGAUCGGAACGAAGCAGCUGCUCUCCUGUGCGGACAUGACGAUGGCGUUCGGAAGGCGUUAUGGACUUGUCGGAAGAAACGGAAUCGGAAAAACGACACUGCUUAAAAUGAUCUCGAGCCUACAGCUAAAGAUUCCGGCGGGUAUUACGAUGCUUUCUGUGGAACAGGAGGUCGAGGGAGACGAUACGCUGGUUUUGGACGCCGUCCUGAUGUCGGAUACCAAUCGACAGCGGCUUAUGGAUCGGGAGAAGGUUCUGCAGAGUCGGCUGAACAAGGAAGGUCUCACAGACGCGGAGAAGAACAAGUGGAACGACGAGCUGAGCAAAGUUUAUACCGAAAUGGAGGCCCUACAGCUGGAUAAGGCUCCAGCUCGGGCUUCUUCGCUGCUCUACGGUCUCGGAUUCACGCCCGACGAGCAGAAACGGCCGACCAAAGAAUUCUCGGGAGGAUGGAGAAUGAGAGUUGCCCUCGCGAGGGCUCUUUUCGUAAAACCCGACCUUUUGUUGCUCGACGAGCCGACAAACAUGUUGGAUAUGCGCGCGGUUUACUGGCUGGAAGGCCAUUUGCAGGGAUGGGAGGGAACCAUUCUGACAGUGUCCCACGACCGUAAAUUCCUUAAUGAAAUCUGUACGGAUAUUGUGCACUUGCACACACGACGUCUCGAUCAUUACAAGGGAAAUUACGACCAGUUCGAGCGGACGAUGAAGGAGAAGCUGACGCAGCAGCAGAGGGAGUACGAGGCGCAGCAGCAGUUGAGGGCGCACACGCAAGAGUUCAUCGACAAGUUCCGCUACAAUGCGAAGCGGGCGCCGAUGGUCCAGUCGCGUAUCAAAAUGCUCGAGAAAUUGUAAGGGUUUGAUUAGAAGGGGUUGGGUGGAUUCGGCAUUCUAAAAAUUCCUCGUUUUCAGGCCAGUACUCCUGCCCGUCGAGCUCGAAUCGGACAUCCACUUCAAGUUCCCCGAGUGCGAGGUGCUCAGCAAUCCGGUCCUGCAGCUCGACGACGUCUCUUUCCGCUACUCGGAGGAUCAGCCGUACCUGUUCCGCAAGCUGAACCUCGGAACGCACGCCAACUCCCGCAUCUGCAUCGUCGGAGAAAACGGCGCCGGAAAGACGACGCUCCUGAAACUGCUUCUGGACGAUCUGCAACCGUCGGUCGGACUGCGGAACGUGAACCGCCGCAUCCGCAUCGCCUACUUCACUCAGCACCACGUCGAUCAGCUGGACAUGGAGACGUCGGCGAUUGAGGUGUUGAUGAAGAAUCAUCCGGGCAAGUCGCAGGAGGACUACCGCGCCGCACUCGGACGAUUCGGACUCGCCGGAGAUAUGGCCCUCCAGUCCGUCGAGACCCUUUCCGGAGGUCAAAAGUCUCGUCUCGCGUUUGCCAAUUUGGCUUUGAUGAAGUGAGUUGGAGGAGAGCACAAAACUGAUUUCGUCCAAAAAGUAAAAACUGAAUCAUUUCUCGAUAGCUCAAAAUCGUGAUUUUGUCUGAACUGUCUAGUUGCGCCGGAAUGUUGCGCUUUCCCAAAAUUGCAAUGUUUUCUCUACUAAAAUAGCGAAGAACUGUUUUUCAGUCCAAACUACCUGAUUCUCGACGAACCGACAAAUCAUUUGGACGUCGAGACGGUUGAGGCACUGGGAAAUGCGUUGAACACGUUUAAUGUGAGUUUUGACGGUCAGAAUGAUCAUUUUUUGAGCAAAUUUCAAAUGCAGGGCGGAGUUGUGCUGGUUUCCCACGACGAGCAACUCAUCGAGCUGGUCUGCAAGGAGCUCUGGGUGGUCAAGGACCGAAUGGUGACGACUUUGGAGGGCGGACUCGAGGAGUACCGCAAACAAGUCUACAAACAGCUCCAGCUCUCUUCCUAA